CCUGUACGCAGCAGCAGGGACAGCCAGUGAGGGUGCUGUGAGCUAUUUACCGGCUGGAGGAGGGCUGGAACAGCUCAGAACACAGCAGUGAAGUGUACAGUGUGCAAGGGCACAAGCAGCAGUUAGCAUUUGGGAGAGGGACUAGUAGGAGAGCCCAGCGCACGCAGCCAAAGCUCUGGGAACCGGCACUGGGACUCCAACCAGUGUGGAUUGCUUUUUAUAACUAAGUGGAACAUUAGAAGUAAAGAGACGCGGGAGUGCGAUCUAUACCAACUCAGCAUCCUAGCUUACUGGAUAUGAAGUGGUUGUGCUGAAGUUGUCAGCCAUUUGCUUCUGUGAUAUCUGGAUUGGUAUUUUUGUUGACAGUUUACAUCAAGAUGAGAACAGCUGAAGAACAGUCUGGUACAGUCCUUCACAGGCUCAUCCAGGAGCAGCUAAGAUAUGGUAACCUUACCGACAACCGUACCCUUCUGGCCAUACAGCAGCAAGCACUAAGGGGUGGCACAGGAGGAGGUACUGGAAGCCCUCAGAAUUCUGUGGACAAUGUGGUACAAGAGGAAGGUCAGUUGUUCCAAGAUUCUAAACGACAGGAACCCCAGGGCCAGGAGUAUCAGGGAGAUCAUUACAAUUAUGAGGACAUGUUAUCUCAGUGUCGCCAUCUACCACACAAAGGGGAGGAGCUACCCACAUAUGAGGAAGCAAAGAUGCAUUCUCAGUACUUUUCCUCACACAAGGUCCAACAACCAGUACAAGUGCCCACUAAUGAGACUGAUAUAAAAAAGAAUCCUCAGGUCUGUCAAGCAACAAACCACCUGGAUGAGGGACUUCGAGAGCUAAAACAUGGUCAUGUUCGGUCACUAAGUGAGCGUAUCCUUCAGAUGACUUUGGAAAGGAAUGGAGCCAAGUCACAGAACCCCAUCAGUUCUUCACAUAGCUUUCCUCAGCUUCAGAGGCACUGUUAUCCAAACCGUGUGCCAAGUGACUGCCAAAGGCCUACAUCUCAGGCUUCCAGUCCUAAGGGCCCUCCUCCUGAGUACCCAAAUAUUGUAAGAUCACCUGGAGGCAUGCUUAGUCAUUCACAAGAACAGGGAUACUACUGCAGUGGAGCCACUCCCCCAUUCUGCUAUCCUGCAAGCAGGAUGGCAGAAGCAUCUUUCCCUUACCAGCAACAGCAGUAUGGUCAUGUGACACCAUUUAUUAAUCGACAUGAGGGUUUCAUGGCAGCCCAAAAUGUUUCCACUGGAAGCCAGAUGGACCAUAUGGAACGGCUCCUGAAGGAGAAUGAAGUAAUUCGGAAGGACUUGGAAAAUUACAUAGAAAAGGCUACCAGAAUUGAAAAGAUGGAGGCUGAGAUCCAAAGAAUAUCUGAAGCAUAUGAGAACCUCAUGAAAGCUUCUACAAAGCGUGAAUCACUUGAAAAAGCUAUGAGGAAUAAAAUGGAAGGAGAAAUGCGUCGGCUACAGGAUUUCAACCGUGAUCUGAAAGAUCGUCUAGAAACCGCUACCAGACAACUAACAAGGAAAGAACUGGAAGCAGCAAGUGAUUGCUCAGGCAGUGUGGGAAAAUUAAUGGCUCAAAACAAAGAACACCUGCAAGAGAAAGAGAAACUGGAACGAGAGGUUUCAAUUUUUAAUAGUGCCAACGAAGAACUUCGUCGACAGGUGGAGUUGCUAGAGCAAACUCUAAGUACAGCACAAGCCAAGAUUGCGAAGAUGGAGUCAGAACUUCGGAAAAAGAGGGCAUAUGUAGAAAAGGUUGAGCGACUGCAGCAUGCACUGACUCAGCUGCAGGCAGCUUGUGAGAAACGGGAGCAGCUGGAACUAAAGUUACGCAACCGACUGGAGCAGGAGUUAAAAAUUCUACGUGGGCAGCAGAGACAAACCCUCUCUUCAAGUUGUAAUUCCUCUGAACAUAGCGCCCCAGUCUUGAUGGAGGUAUUAAGAGAAAAGGAAGAACGAAUACUAGCCCUGGAGGCAGACAUGACAAAAUGGGAGCAGAAGUACCUAGAAGAGAGCACCAUGCGGCAGUUUGCCAUGGAUGCCGCUGCGACUGCUGCUGCCCAGCGUGAUACUACCAUAAUCAACCAUUCUCCCCGCCAUUCUCCUAGUAGCAGCUUCAAUGAAGACCUUGAAAUUGCCAAUUAUCGACACCAGGAAAUGGAGAACAGGAUAAAAGCUCUCCAUGCAUUGCUUUUGGAAAAGGAUGCAGUCAUCAAAGUCAUGCAACAGCGUACUAAGAAGGAGCAGGGGAAAGUGGAGACAGCAGCUCUACGUCCUGCUAAGUCUGUCCCAUCACUGUUUGCAGCACCAGGGUUACAGUGCUGGCAGGCCCCCUUCAGCAGUUCCAGUUCGCAGUUAACCAGUGAGAGACUAGCUGAUAAGGCACCUCGAGGAAGUGUAGGUACCCUUAUGACAAGAAGUGUCACAGAGGAGCAGCGUGGAACUGGUGUCCCUGUUGCUUCACAUUCAAAGCACAGAAGUAAAGAUGGAAGCACACAGACUGAUGGAACAACAGCAGAUGAUGAGCUCAUGGAUGCAAAUCUCUCAUGGGACAAAACUGGAUCUGAAAACAAAGAUGAGACCAUGGCACAAUUACUUAGUCCAGAAUUUUUACAGUGGCCUUCACUUUCUUGUUCAAAAACAUUGGACUCAUCCUCAAAAGAAAUGGUAGAAAUUCUCAUCUGAAUGAAUCCAGGACUGUUUCUGUGGGCAGGAUCUGGAAGUUGUAAACACCUCUUUUACUGAGUGAUGUCAUUCCAAACUCCGCUGGAUCCGGAGCCAUUUUUGUAGGCACUUGGAAAUGAAUUGCUCCUCUUCCAAGACAUAACUUGCCAAGUUUCAAUGCUGCUGCUGAAGAGCACAGAAAUGUUUACAGAGGUAGCCUGCCAAGUCAUUACCAGUUUGAAACUGGGAACGUUUGUUUGGCUUUCUUCUGUCAUUUUGGACUUUUAAGACUCUGCACUGGGUGAUAUUUAAUUACGGUAGGGGACAAAGCUUCAUGCAGAUUCAGCACACAUGAAGACUUGCCAGACUGAGUCUGAUAAACUUGCUUCCUUUUACUAUGAGUCUGAAGCAGAAUGUUCACAAACUGAAGUUCAGCUUAGCAGUGUGUCUUCUGCAUGGACCUGUGUAGGAAAAAGUGUUCUCAGUAUUUAUUGUUUGCCCUGUUGCAGUGCUGUGAAGCUGUACAAAAACAUUUUUGCUUCUCUAAUGAAUUGACAAUGUUCAGUUCAUUCAGUCUACUUUGGAGCACUUGCAGUGGUGCUUUUGUACAUGGAAUGUUACAUAAACUGUAAUUGUUUUAUUUAUAUAUUUUUAUUGUUCUGUGAUGUGAAAGAUUUUAUCAUUUUUUUCAGUCUUUGUUUGUAAAAUGUUUGUCUUGAGUUCUCAUGCUGUCUGGAUUGUCAUCUCUUCCAAUUUGCCCAUUUCUCUUAUGUUUUGUUUGUCACGUGUUAUGCUAUAAGGUGAGUUGUAGCAUGAAGGCACCGAUUACUGGUUAAUUGUUUACUGAUGGGUUGAUGUAAAGAGUUUCUCCUGAGGUUCAGGUCUCCUGAGGUUCAGGUCACCCCUGUGGCUUUAUCAUCAAAUGUCAGUGUCACUUAAAUUAUGCAUCUACAGGAGAACAUUGGAAAUAACUCUUGAAAUGGUGGGGAAAAACAAUGAAUAUAUAAAAGGAAAGUGACGCAUUAGGUUGUAGUCAAAUACAUCCAUAUUACUGCAGGAUUUCGGAGAUAUUUUGAGAUUUUUAACUAUUUAAUUGAGUGUGAUCCAUUUUAUCAACAGAGUGCCAUAUACGUUAAAAAAGGCACAGUGUGCAGUAUUUUUCAGCUAGUAUCUACAUAUUCAGAGGUGCCAUGGAAUUUAAGGUUGUGCAGAUGGAAAUCGAGGGAGAUUCAUUUGUAGAUGUGAUUUCCUAUGCCUAGUCUCACCCCUUGUCAGAAUUAGCAGGUUUGUAUACAACCAGACAGUAAUGUAAAACGCAAUGUGUUAACCAAUAUCUGUUGUAGCAUUUCCUUAUGAUAUACCAUCUUAUGUCUGCCAUAGAAGGGUUGAUCUCAGGCUGAACAUUGGCCUUGAAGUUCCAUUAUAUGUCUUACAUAUGAUAAAAUGAAAUCAUGUGUCACAACCUCACUUGGUACUUGCAUCGUACAUAUUUUUAUGUCACUGCGUAUAUGUUGUUGCAGUUAUGUGUCUAUGUUCUUGUUAGCCUGGACAUCAGAAUAGCUCUGUGCUAUCUGAAUAAUGCUAGUUUGCUUGACAUCAUUAUGUGGCUGGUUCAUUUAGAUGUGCAGCUUUGGAGAACAGCUGAUGUGAGGCGGGGAGGGGGGAAGUGUUACGACACCAUUCUGUUAACAGGAUGGCUGCAGUAAUGUCUUACUGAGUAGUGACCAUUAUAGCAGUGCUUCUGUGCAGCACUCCUAACUGCGGAUUGUGUAAGAGUCAGUUAUACAGUGCACAGUACAACACUCAGAAUACCACUGUUACAGAACUGAGAUCAGUGAAGUUAAGUAGUUGUAGGUAGAUCUUCAUGGGAAAUGGCUAGUGUUCGUGCCUUUCAGACUGCACGCUUUAAUAUGGAAAUGGCAUUUUGAUUUUUCCUGGAGUGUUCCCCUAACAAUUUUUUGUUCUGCACCCUUAUUUUGAAAUAACAUGCCACAAUGUGAGAUGAAUAAUAACCUUUCACCAAUUUAAAGAGCACAAAGAUGUGUUGUAAAUAAGCUAACUUGUAUGUGUAUAAAUUUAGUGUAUACACAGAAGUGUAUUGGUGAUGACAUCACAUAAACGUUUUCCAGUAUUAUCUUACAUCGGGACUGGGUGUGAGUAGGAAGUAUCAAUAGCAGUUUAGGUUGGAUGGUGAUGAGGUUGUGUAGAGUUACGAUGCCUCCAUUUCAAGCCAACUUUUCCAUUGUAAUAUUCUCAACUACCCAGUUAGAAUUCUCUUAUUAUAUAAGGUGAUUGCCCAGGACAGCGAUUUGGAUUAUGUAUAGCACAUGUUAACUUGGUGAACAUCAUACCAGAUACAUAUAGCAUUAGUUUGUUCCUUAAACAAAAUGGCAUGGUGGGUUAUAUGUUACUGGGGGAUUUACUUAUGGCACAUAUCAUCACAGGUAUCACUGAGUAGCUAGCCCACAGAAAGAGUGAAAUCCCUCAGUUGUUCGUACCCUGUAGCACCUUAGUACUAUCAGACAUUGGGCCAAUGUGUAAGUUAUAUUUUAAUUGUUUUGUUUGCUUUUUCUUCGAUUACCAUUCCUAAUAUUUGUGGAUUAUAACUGAAUUUACUGUGGUCAUGUGAUAUGCUUUGACCACUAAGGUUGGAGGAAUUUCCAGACUCAGCACAUAAAUCAAUAAUGCUUUGAUAGUGACAAUCAUCUGCCUAUUACUGUGCAACAUUAAUUUAUAGUUUGUCAUCAAGCAUGUUUUGUAAAGUCAAAUUUUGAAUCUUAAUGAUCUUACUAGUGAUUAGAGUAAAAAUUAAUAUUAACUGUGGAAAGAAAGUAGAAAGUGUCUUCAGAUGUAAUUACAUCAGAUUAUAUUCAGGUGGCUGUUUAGCUUGGAUAAGGGGUUUAGUAGAAGUUGAUGUGUGUCCACCCCCCCUUCCCAAUUUUCUGCCACCAAGCCUUAAUCUCUGGGAUUUAAAACUGGCUUUGGAAAUCAACUAGUUCCUUAUUUUGUCUUUCUGCACAGUAUAAGGAUUCUGAUUUUAAUAAUUCAUUUGGGAUCUACAAAACCACAAGGUUCAGUACAAUAGAUCAACAUUAUUUACUCCUUCCUUAUGUUUUUUUAUUUCUGGUGACUUUGUAGUAUAAAACCUCAGAAGGUAUUAUUCACGCCAAUUCCAUAGUAAAGCAUUAUUAACAAUGAGUGAAUAGAGAUUCAAACAUCAUGAAUAAAGUAAAUUACUCAGGUCAUCUUCCCUAAAUUCUAUAAUGUUUUGCCAUAUCCCAGGAGUACAAAUGGAAAGAAAAAGUUAUUCACUGGGAACACAUUCAGUGCUUAUGUGUGUCCAGCUUAUUCUCAUUGUCGCAGGUUUCUAAGGCUUUUUUCUAUGCAUUUCUUGUAUGAAUAUUUUGUAAUAUUGUGCAUUUGCUGGACAAUGCCUUUUCACUUAAGAAUGCGUUCCAUUCUUCCCGCUUCUGUUUACAGAUGAAACAAAAGUAUUGUGAACAAAAGGCUAAAAAAAAAAGAAAGAAAAGCAUAAUAUAUUUUGUAUAAAUAUUUUGUAUUCUUUUGUUGUAUUUUUUAAAACAUAUUUAGUGCCGUGAACCUGAAUGCCAAAGAACCAGAGUUCCAAUAUUAAUAAUAAUAUUAUUUUUAUUUAUAUAUUUAAAUGUAAACAAGGCUGUUUGCAUUGUGACACAGUAUGCCAAUAUAUUGCUGCAGCAAUAUGCGUGGUAUGUCAAAAUUAUAAAAAAUAGUGCUGUGAACUUUUCUUCCACUGUUCUGUUUUGUUGUAUUUUGAAAUGUCGGUAUACAUUUCAUUAAUAAAAUGAAAAAUCCAUUAAUAUAUGUUA